AUGAGUAGAGUCGAUUAUUGCAAUGUUUGGACGAUAGUGCUCACCGUGUGCUGUUCAACUGUUGUCGCUACCAAUGGAUUUGGUCCAGGCAAACAAUUCUGGGGCUACAGUGAGGUGCGCCCAAGGGCUUUCAUUUUCUGGUGGUUGUAUCAAACGGUUGCACAACCGGAUGCUUCAGAUCACAACACAGAAAAGCCCCUUAUUAUUUGGCUCCAGGGAGGACCAGGUGCUUCGUCUAGUGGGUUUGGUAAUUUCGAAGAAAUAGGGCCACUCGAUAGAAUGCUAAAGCCACGUGAAAAUUCCUGGGUUAACGACUACAACGUUCUGUUCGUCGACAGUCCUGUGGGCAGUGGGUUUAGCUACACCGAAGAUCAUUCUCUAUUGGCCAGCAACAGCACCACGGUUGUGAGCGAUCUACUAGUAUUUUUAAAGCAUUUCUACCACACCAUCAGCGUUACCACGACGGUCGAAUGGGAGAGUAACGUUCCGCUGUACAUCGCGUCCGAAAGCUACGGAGGCCGCAUUGCGGUUGAGUUCGCGUACGCACUAGCGAAAGAGAUCCAGGACGGCGUGAUGCAUUGUAAGCUGGUUGGUCUUUUACUCGCGAGCGCUUGGCUAUCACCACUGGAUAGUAUAGCAGCCUGGCCAAACUAUUUGUCCGGUUUGGGAUAUUUAGAUGAAGCCGGACGUAAACGAAUCGCACGUCGAGUGGCGGCCGUGAGUGGGAAAAUGGAACAACAACGGCCCGGUAUGGCCUUGGAUGGAUGGCAUGGAUUGCAGCAGGCUAUCAUUCAGGAGACGGGUGGAAUUAAUUGCUACAAUGUGUUGAAGCCUACGGUAAAGGAGGUACCAGAAGUCGACAGUGACGAAGCGCUGGAAUAUGGAGAAACGCUAUGGUGGUACAGCGGCACCGGUCCACCGCAAGUUGUUGAAUUGCAUAGCUCCCUGGAACGAUUGAUGCGUGGACCAGUCUCGCAUAUGCUUGGUAUCACAAACAAACCCCCCUGGGGAAGUCAAAGGACAGCGGUAUUCGAAGCGCUCAGCGAUGAUUUUCUCCAAUCCAGCGUCAGGACGGUCGAGGGUUUGCUUAACGAAACCACCAUAGAGCUGGUGCUGUUCAGCGGUCAGUUGGAUCUUAUUACCUGUCUGCCGGGGACAUUUACAUGGAUGAAUCGAUUGUUUCAAAAACGAAUCGACCAUACUCCACGCCAGGAGGCAUUUACGGUCGGUGGAAUGAAUGGAAUUAUUGAUGGCUACCGUACUGCAUAUACCGAACGGUUUACACACUAUACGGUUCUCCGUGCCGGUCACAUGGUGCCGGUUGAUAAUCCUUCGGCAAUGGUACACAUAUUGCGAGAGCACAUCGGUCGAUUGUAG